CCCUUCAUUGAUCGAUUUCUUCACAGUCGCCGUUAAUGGAAUCCGACGAUGCCAAAGUGGUGUUCGACAGCCGCUUCUUCCGAGUCUACAAAGACGGCCAUGUCCAAAGGCACCGCCCCAUCGAAAAAAUUCCUCCGGCCGACGACCUCCACAGCGGACUUCGAGCCAAAGACGUCGUCGUUUCGCCCGAAACCGGCGUCUCAGUCCGACUACUCCUUCCCAAAAUCAAGGAUCCAGAUCAAAAGCUUCCCCUCCUCUUCUACAUCCAUGGCGGUGGCUUCUCCUUCGAGUCCGCUUUCUCUCCUCGCUUCGAUGCCUACCUCAAGUCCCUAGUAUCACAAGCCAACGUCAUUGGUGUCUCAGUAGAGUAUAGGCUUGCGCCGGAGCACCCAAUCCCUGCUUGUUAUGACGAUUCGUGGGCAGCGCUCCAGUGGGUCGCGUCCCACGCCAAUGGAAAUGGUCCGGAACCGUGGCUGAACAGCUACGCUAAUCUGAGUCGGGUUUUCAUCGUCGGAGACAGCGCCGGAGCGAACAUUUCACAUACAUUAAUGGUUCGGGUCAGGUCGCUCGGAUUAGCGGGUGCGAACGUGGUUGGGAUGGUUUUGGUGCACCCGUAUUUUGGAGGCACGACUGAUGACGGGGUGUGGCUCUACAUGUGUCCAAACAACGGUGGGUUGGAGGAUCCUAGACUUAGACCGACUGCAGAGGAUAUGGCAAUGCUAGGAUGUGGGAGGGUGUUGGUGUUCUUGGCUGAGAAUGAUCAUUUGAGGGACGUAGGAUGGAAUUACUGUAAGGAGUUGAAGAAGAGCGGGUGGGAAGGGAUGGUGGAGACUGUGGAAAGUCACGGGGAGAGACACGUGUUCCAUCUGAUGAAUCCCACGUGUGAGAACGCUGCGACUCUAAUGGGAAAAAUCGUUUCCUUCCUCAACCAAGAGUAGACCUUCCCUCUUCCUUUUUUUGUGUGAAGGCGUGUUUGGAUGCAGGGUUGAAUAAGCAACGAUCAAGAAUAGGUCAGAGCUUUCUGGGUUUUGAUGCCUAUUAUUAAUUUGUGAUCCAGACUCUAUAUUUUAAAGUUUGUGAAGUUAGCUGUCUUCAAUGGAAUUUUCAGAAGAUUCAAUUAUUU